AUGACGGAUAUUGUGCGGCUCACUCAGGACAGCGUCUUGGCUAAUACAGCAGUGUCCGUCAACAAUCUGCAGAGCCUGACCUGGCAUACCGUUAGCAUAAAUCAUUCGGAGUCUUCCCAGCCGCCAUCGACACCACCUGGAGGCUCCUUGUUCAGGCAGGUAUAUGAACGUGGAACUAAUGUUGAGCAGUUUGUGACCCGCUUCCUGUUGAAGGAAUCAGCCAAUCAGAUCCAGUCUCUGCUGAACUCUGUAGAGAGUGCUGUGGAUGCCAUUGAUGAGCAGCAUUCAUCAGUGGGAUCCUACCCCAGUAAGACCAGCCCACGCGUCCCAGAUAGGCGCUAUGAGACCCCGGUGCCAGAUUAUCCUCCCAACAACAGAGUCACUUCAAAGGACAGCAUGAGGAACAUCAACACAGGUGCAGGAGCUGUGGAGGUGAGAAAAGAAGGACUUGAGACACAGAUCAACCGACUGGCUGAGCUGAUUGGACGUCUGGAGAAUAAGACAGUUUGGUUUGACCUACAUCAGCGACUAACAGACACUGAUGGCACAUCUAGCGCAUCUCUCUACCUGAUCCGCCAGGAGAUGAAAGUUUCCCAGAAGCAGCUGGGGGACUUCUGCGAGGCCCUGAAACAAUACCUGAAGAAUGUGUCUGCUCAGAGAGACUGUUUCCAGCACGUUCAGACUGCAGCUUGCAAGGCUUUCCAGCAUGUGAAAGUGGAUACUCUGUGCCAGCCCGAGGCUGUGUCUGCUGUCGCUGUGCCUGGUGCGUUCCACUGCUGCCAACCGUAG